AUGGGUGCACAUUAUCGUGAGGAAAGUGACGCUGGCGCAACAUCUUCGAACGAACAGAAGUUUAAAGUUUUACAAAUCAUCAUGCACGGGAACUACGACUCAAACACGAUGCAUAAUGACGUUGCAGUUUUAAAACUUGACAGGCCUGCCCAUCUGGACCGCUACGUUGGCCUCGCAUGCUUUCCUACUUCGGAUCCAAUCCCUGGGGAAUCAUGCGCUAUCACAGGCUGGGGUACCCUGAAGUCGGGUGGAGGACAACCAGACAAGCUACAAGUGGCUCACGUGCCAAUAAUUAAACAAGAUGACUGCAAGAAAAAAUACAAAAAUCAAAUCCAUGAGUCCAUGGUGUGUGCAGGUUAUCCGGAAGGAGGUAAGGAUUCGUGCCAGGGUGACAGUGGUGGGCCUAUGGUGUGUAAAGGCAGCGAUGGUCGUUACAGCGUUCAUGGUAUCACCAGCUGGGGCUACGGCUGUGCUGCACCCAACCAGCCUGGUGUCUAUGCCCGGGUUGCGUUUCUCUUGAAAUGGAUCAAAAGCAAAAUCAACGCCAAUUAA